GUGAGGAUUUCUUCAUAUUAUCUUAUCUCAUUAACCUUCAUUUCUGGCUCGCUUAGUUAUGAAUUAGGACUUAAGCAAAAGUUCAGCAUAAACAAUAAACGAUGGCGCCGAAUGCAGCUGUACCAGUGGAGCGAUAUGAGCCCGAGAACGUCGGCAUCAACGCCAUUCUCUUGGGGCCGCCAGGUUCCGGCAAGGGAACGCAGGCUCCGCUGCUGAAGGAGAAGUUCUGCGUCUGCCACUUAUCUACUGGCGACAUGCUGCGGGCGGAAAUUUCAUCCGGAUCCAAGCUUGGAGCCGAGCUGAAGAAGGUUAUGGAUGCCGGCAAACUGGUCUCCGAUGACCUGGUUGUGGACAUGAUUGAUUCCAACCUGGACAAGCCCGAGUGCAAGAAUGGCUUCUUGCUCGACGGCUUCCCCAGGACUGUUGUUCAAGCCGAGAAGCUCGACACAUUGCUGGACAAGAGGAAAGCCAAUCUGGAUGCCGUCAUUGAGUUUGCCAUUGACGACAGCCUGCUAGUGAGGCGAAUCACCGGCCGCCUUAUCCAUCAGUCCAGCGGACGAUCCUAUCACGAGGAAUUUGCGCCUCCUAAAAAGCCAAUGACGGAUGAUAUUACCGGAGAACCGCUGAUGCGACGAAGCGAUGACAACGCCGAAGCUUUGAAAAAGAGGCUUGAGUCAUAUCACAAGCAGACGCGGCCCCUGGUCGACUACUACGGCCUGAGAGGUCUGCACUUCAAGGUGGACGCCGCGAAGAAGUCCAGCGACGUCUUCUCCACCAUCGAAACCAUAUUCCAACGCAAACGUCCAGCAGCCCAACUUCAAUUGUGAUUUGUCCAAGCGCAAUGAUCCAAGUACUGAUACUGCCGCCGCCUCCCGACAAUUUAUUUUGAGACACACAACACAAACACAAUGUUUUUAAGCCUAAAGUUAAAGAGUAAAGAAUUGCAUCUGGAAAACCUAAAUAGACGAAAUAACUAUUGUUUGAGAUCUACUACUUUCCUUGUACAGAUUUCUAAAAUGUAUAAGUGUUACUUUUUACAUUUCACUAUUUGUAACUAUAAUAAAACUUAC